CCCCCCCCACAGUUGAUACCCCUAAUCCUGCCUCACCCCUUUUCAUCCCUGCCUGGACUGCUCACUCUUUGCAGCCCUCAGAUUCAGUCCCCAGGUUAGCCUCAUCCACUCCACUUAUCAUCCGAGGUAGAGACUCCUCUCCUUCUUGCAUCUUUCAGAUCAUUUUAAAAAGAACUGGAAACAUCUGUUUGGCAAGAUUUUCUUGGAAGCAUUCCAAGCGAGUUUCCAUUUUUCCCUUGACUUCUUCGCUUGUCCAAUUUUUUCUUCCUCCUGCUCUUUUUUGACCUGCAGCUAAGAGUAAGCAAAACAAAAAUGUCGACCAGCGAGCGUUUCGACUGCCACUACUGCAAAGAGUCCCUGUUGGGGAAGAAGUACAUAAUGAAAGAGGACACGCAGUACUGCACUAAGUGCUAUGAGAACCUGUUUGCCAACUGCUGUGAGGGCUGCUCUUUAGCAAUUGGAUGUAACAGCAAGGACCUGUCUUACAAGGAUCACCACUGGCACGACCAGUGUUUUAAGUGUGCUAAGUGCAGCCGAUCUCUGGUGGAAAAAGCCUUCGCCGCCAAGGAUGAUCUGCUGCUCUGCACCGAAUGCUACGCCAAUGAUUAUUCCUCCAAGUGCACGACCUGCAAGAAGACCGUCAUGCCAGGUUCCCGCAAAAUGGAAUACAAGGGGAACAGCUGGCAUGAGACCUGCUUCCUGUGCCACCGCUGCCAGCAGCCAAUAGGAACCAAAUCCUUCAUCCCUAAAGACACCGGCUACUUCUGCGUGCCCUGCUUUGAGAAGCAGUUUGCCUACCAGUGCUGUGCUUGUAAGAAGGCCAUCACAACAGGUGGAGUGACCUAUCAAGACAAGCCGUGGCACCGCGAGUGUUUCCUAUGCAUCAGCUGCAGAAAGCAGCUGUCGGGCCAGCGCUUCACCUCCAGGGAGAAUUACCCAUACUGCCUCGAGUGCUUCAGCAACCUGUACGCAAAGAAGUGUGUGGGCUGCACCAAGGCGAUCACCAGUCUGGCGGGAGCCAAGUACAUCUCGUUUGAGGAGCGUCAGUGGCACAGCGAGUGUUUCACCUGCAUGCAGUGCUCCGUGUCGCUGGUGGGACGCGGCUUCCUCACCCAACGCGACAACAUCUUGUGCACCGACUGCGGCAGGGAGAAGUGAUUCUUUCUUUCCCUUGAAGGGGUCACGGCAACACCGACAGCUCUUAUUCUGAACGAGAAUGGGUUUUAAUUCAUGAAUAUUUCUCCACAGCAUGCCAGGAACAUAAAGAAACUCUGAGUGUCAGAUGCUUUUUGGUUUUGAAUAUGAACACAUGGCCCACAAACACUAAACAGUGAUGUUUUCAUGCAGAUGUUUUAUGAAGACUCACAUGUAUGUUUAAUUUAGGACGCCAUUUCGUCUUAUUUUGAUGAAUGUUUAUUUUGCUUAUUCAAAUGUAAUAUGCUCCUUUUCCUUACAUACGUUGAUUUCAGUCAAGGCUAUUUACAAGCUUCUGGAUUUAGAAAUGAGUCUAUUGACACAUAAACUUAAUUUAUUUAAUAAUCUAUUCAUAGCUUGAGUCUUUUCAGAGUGUAAUCCUGGACAUUUGCUGGUUUUAGUUUCUUAGGCCUUUUAAAUUUGUAAUUAUUUUUGUGUCAUAUGACAUUCAACAGUUUGUUUAGCUGCUUGUGUGGAUACAAAAAAGCACUUAAAAAUGCCAUUUUGGAUUUGAGUAGUGUGAGUAUUUUCUGACAUUUAAUGGACAAAAAUGUUUAUUGAUGGAUCUAAUAAAAAGUGUAUGAGUCACAGCCCAAUUUUCUGACUAUUAUUAGACAUGUUUUUCUGUUAUAUGUAAGAAAAUUUAAGAAAACAUUUGACAAAAAUGACUUAUAAUAAUAAUUUCUGCUUUGCUCAUGUUAAAUAAUACACACUUCAAUAAAGGCCUUUCUGGGAAUAUCACACU